AUGGCAGGGCGAGGCGGACCAGCACGGACCAAUGGCACUGCAGCGAGCAACAAGAUCUGCCAGUUUAAACUUGUGCUGUUGGGGGAAUCGGCGGUGGGAAAAUCCAGCUUGGUGCUGCGCUUUGUCAAAGGCCAGUUCCAUGAGUACCAGGAGAGCACCAUAGGAGGUGAGGAGUUAGAGUUUUAAAUCCAUAGACUCAUGUCUUCUCUUUUUUAUGAUUUACUGGCCUUAAAACUGUAUGUUUUAAAAGCUGUUAUUUAAAGGUAAGAGGAUUCAGUCUGAGGUUUGAAGCAAAAUGCUGAAUAAAAGUUUUAGAACUUAGAACAUAUUCCAUAGCAGGAUGAUAACUUAAUUAUCACAAAUGUUUUUGCCGGUACAUAAGAACUGCAUGUGUGUUGGUCUGAAUAUUUUCUGUUGUCUGAGCAUGUGCAGCAGAAGGUGUGGCUGAACCUGUUUUUUUACAGCUGAUCACAUCACCCUCCUAUUAUCCAGUAAAUCCCUCAAAUAUCACAGACAUGUACACUGAUUGUGCAGAAGCAAGUUGCGUUUCCUCUAAAGUGGUAACAGUAAGGUAGAAAACAGAAAAUGCCCUCGAUGAAAUGAAAUCCAUUCGCUCUGCAGCAGACAUUACUUGAAACAGGAAGGACUUGAGAGACCACAGUUGGGGAUUUCCUCUACCUGUCUUUAACUUUGGCACAAAUCUGGGAGAGAUCUAUUUGACAAUGCAAAGAGCCCAAGGGCUACAGGAGUAAACUGUAAACCGUUGACUGGUGUACAGUUAUAAAAACAACAGAUUGGUUUGACAGAUUGAGCAUUUCUCUGCCAAAGCUGCUGUUUUCUGAGACGGAGCUUUUUCAGUCUUUCAUUAACUUGACUCAUCUAAGGCACCUACCUCCUACAGUCUCGCUCCUUUGGGUCUGAUCCCCCCUGCCUGCUACUUUGUAAACAUGCUAGGUUUAACAGAAGCUUAUUGGUAGCACACAAUAACGAAUGCACAUUGUUACUGUCCCAUGUCUUUAUGCUGUGAAGCUAGAUGUUGCAUUUACAUGUAAGGAAACUUUGGUAUCUAUACCCUUAGAAACUGAUUGUGAUAUUGUGGUGAUUAUGACAUUUUUAGGUUAUGAGCUGACAGUAUGUAGUUGAGAUACAGAUAGAAAUUGUGGUGUGUGUGUGUGAGAGGUGAAGGAAGCCAUUAGGAACUCAUCUGAACCCCCGAGGUCACCAUAGUCAGCGCACAAUGGGACAGGAACAGAUUCUGUGAAGUGACAUUUUGUUACUGGGUAUGACCGCAUUACUCUCUGGAUUACUGUAAAAAAAACACACUUGAGUAUUAGCUAGAGACAGGCCUUCUUUUGGUGUCAUUUCCUCUUUUUGUUUCCUAUCAAAUGAACAUUUUCCUCCUCCUCCUACCUGCCUAAUGAGUAAUGAGGCUUAAGAAUGCGGACAGGAUGCUCGAUUUCCCCGAAGACUCCAAACACAUCAGCAUGUUUCAGAUCCCGCUGAAUUUAUGGUCGGCUGCAUGCCUGGUCAAAGAUUACACAGCUUUAAAGCGUGUGUGCUUUUGUAAGUGAGUGUGCAGUUUCCUCAGUCAUGUGACAGUCGGCUGAGUGUGCAGUUGUGCUGGUUGGAUGUGUACAGUAUGUUCCCAGUGUAUACCUGAGGUUUUCCUUUUUUCAUGUGUACUUUGAGACAAACCUUUCCAGCCUCUUUUCCACACUCUUCUGUAGUCUUUUUAAUUUAAUAGGUGUGAUAUGUUUUUACUGUUUUCAAAUCCACUUUUAAAUUUUUUGAUAAUUCCAGAGAGUUUUUGACGACCUCCAUAUAAAAUGUUGGACUUCAUCCGUGUUGAUAACUUCUCUGGUUUCUACAAAAAUUUUUUCAUGUGUACUUUGAGACAAACCUUUACGGCCUGUUUUCCACGCUGCUAUUUAGUCUUAUAAAUUUAAUAGGUGUGAUAUGUUUUUACUAGGGCCGACAGAUAUUUAUUAUUUGGGGCCAAUGCCGAUACCGAUUAUUAGGGGGGGAAAAAAUCUGAUUAUCGAUUAAUUGGCCGAUUUUUAAAUUUUUUAUGAGGUUUUAAAAACAGAUAUAUAUACUGUAGAUAUCAACAGUGUACUUUAUUAUACUGUAGAUAUACUGUAGGCUACUGCUCUUCACGCCGACAGGAAGACCGAUUGAUCAAACUCAGACCAAAAAAGCGUUUUCAACUACACAUUUCCGGUCCUGUCUCAUCUGGAGACAUGCGAAGUAGCUCGAUCACGUAAUGUGUACUGUUGUUUAUUCUACCGUUACUGGUACGGCUAACAGUGUAGCAAGGCUAAUAGCAGAUGGCUAACUCUAACGUUAGCUUGCAUAUUACAUGGUGUGUGACCGAAACUCUCAGUGUAGUGGGUUGAACUGAAACUUGUUGACUUAUUGUGUAUUUCACAAACUAGUUAAUUUACUGUUGAGGCGGACCACUCUCCUCCGCGUGUCCCUGAGCUGCCUGCUGCAGAUCCGUCACUCUGCUGUGCUGUGAGGUAGUUAGUGGAUGAAGACUGUCAUGAGGUCGCUGCACCAUCUACAGGAUGAGUCAGGGAACUUUUCAAAUGGCAGCAAAAAUCGUCAAGUUUUGGCUGAUUACCGAUUAGUCUCAAACGGGCUAAAAUUGGUCGAUUUAAUUGGCUUGCAUAUAAAUCGGUCGGGCCCUAAUUUGUACUGUUAUUUAAAUCCACUUUUUAUUUUUUUGAUAAUUCCAGAGAGCUUGUGACUACCUCUGUGUAAAAUGUUUGACUUCAUCUGUGUUGAUAACUUCUCUGGUUUUCUACAAAUCUCCCCACCAUUCUGAUGAGCUUUGUUUUCUUUGCAGCUGCCUUCCUCACACAGACAGUAUGUUUGGAUGAUACAACAGUCAAGUUUGAGAUCUGGGACACUGCAGGACAGGAACGGUAUCACAGCUUGGCACCCAUGUACUACAGGGGGGCUCAGGCUGCCAUUGUGGUCUACGACAUCACCAACACAGUAAGUCACCUGGACUGUGCCAGAGCUGUCUGAAGGUCUUGAGUCAUUUGCAUGAUCCUUGUCUGCCAGCUCAGUUGAUGAUUGCUGAGUUCAAGAGACAGCCGCAGAACUUUGCUCCUCAAGCCCUUAAAUUCAUACGUAAUGUGUAAAAAUCGCACCAGGGAUUUAAAGUUUAAACACAGCCUGCUUAUGAUUGUGCAUGUUGUACUUUUUUAAAGGACACUUUCACACGUGCAAAGAACUGGGUGAAAGAGCUCCAGCGACAAGCCAGCCCAAACAUUGUCAUUGCACUGGCAGGAAACAAAGCAGACCUGGCCAACAAGAGAGCCGUAGAUCUUCAGGUAAAGAGAAGCUGGACCAUUAAAUCCACCCUGAAAAUAUAUGUUGUGUCUGAAAUCACCCAUUUCUGUAUCUCUGUCUCCAGGAAGCACAAGCAUAUGCAGAUGACAACAGCUUGCUCUUUAUGGAGACUUCAGCCAAGACUGCAAUGAAUGUCAAUGAGAUUUUUAUGGCUAUAGGUAAGUGCUCAUUAGAGCUGACAAGAAUCCACUUAAGAAAUCAUCUCUACCUCUGGAUAGUCAGCUAAUGUUUGCAUCACAGCAGUAGUUUAGUUGAUCAGAACUUAUUAUUAAACUCCUCUUACUUUGAUACUGCUUCCUGGUUUCAAUUUGUACUGGCAAAACACUCUAAAAAGUCAUGAAUUAAAAGGCCAAAUGAACUUAAUUCACAAAGCUCAUAAACAUCUAUGGUUUUAGUGCACUUAAUGCCAACAAGCAAUUGUCAAAGUGUUGUCACUUCAUCUGCACAGUUAGUCAGACAACUCUUUGGAAUCCUACUACACAGGAUAAGUAAAGCCUGCAGGUUAGAGACUGUUAGCACAAACAAAACAGCACAGUUUACCACCACCACCACCACUCACACUGUCUAGAAAUGAAAGCUAGGUUUCUAAAAAUACGUGGCUGUACAUGCAUAGCUUAUUUGGCUGAAUUUAAAUGUGGGUAAGCAUCCAUGCGGUUGAAUAAAACGUGUUGAGUGUGACGAGAGGUUCUUUGAAUCUCUUUUUUGGAGGCUUUAGAUGUUUUCUCUGACAAAUAACAUAAGAGUUACUAAAAUAGAAAAUGUUGUUCAGUUAAAAGCAGCCAUUCAUUGUACUUUUCCCCUUCCCCUAAUAGCCAAAAAGCUUCCUAAGAAUGAGCCUCAGGGUGGAGCAGGUGCUGCUGGACGAGCGCGUGGCGGAGUGGACCUGCAGGAAGCUGCACCACAGGGCAGGAGUGGGCAGUGCUGUGGGGGAGGGAACUAA